AAAAGAAGAAGAUAACUAUCAUUAGUUGAGUGACCAACCAUCUGAGAAAUCAACUUGAGGAAGUCAUAGUUCUCAUUUAGAUUUACCAGAAUUUUCUAUGUAUUCUUAUUAGUAGUUUCAUUUAGAAUAUGCUAAUUUUUUAACUAUCAUUUAACUCUGAAUCAGUUUAUCAAAAUGCUGGCUGUGAAGUUGAGGCUAGUGUAUUGGCGAACUUGAUAACUAUUCUCUUGAAUGAUUAAUCAUUCUUUUGUCUGUUGAGCUUACUUAUAACUCAUCAAAUUGUUUUCCUGUUGUUCUUAACCCGAAUUAGAAUGUUGCAGUUACUAGGUGCAAAAGAUACAAAGUGGGAGAUAUCCUUGGGAGAAGAACGUAAUGGCUUCUCUGUUCAAGGAUUUAGCCAAGAUUUCAGCAUAUAGGGAUAGAAGGUUUCCAGGAACACAAGAAGAAUUUGAAGAUGCUUUGUUAAAGUCGACAACUGUUUAUGUGGGGAACUUGUCCUUCUACACAACAGAGGAGCAAGUAUAUGAGCUGUUCUCUCGUGGUGGAGAGAUUAAAAAGAUAGUGAUGGGAUUGGAUGAGAAUUCCAAAACUCCUUGUGGAUUCUGCUUUAUAAUGUACUACUCUAGAGAUGACACUGAAGACUCUGCCAAAUAUAUCAGUGGGACAAUUCUUGAUGAUCGCCCUAUCCGUGUGGAUUUUGAUUGGGGAUUUCAAGAAGGUAGGCAAUGGGGCCGUGGUAGGAGUGGUGGACAGGUACGCGACGAAUAUCGUACCGACUAUGAUCCAGGUCGAGGUGGUUAUGGAAAAUUAGUCCGAAAGGAAUUGGAAGCACAAAGGCAGCUUGUGGAUUAUGGAACAAGAUCACUGGGCGCGUACCCACCAGUUAUGCCACCACCUCACUAUGGUAGACAUGGCGGAAACCAUGGUCAUGGAGGAGGCUCUUAUCGACAUGGUAGAGACUUUCAUCGCAAGCGACACAGGGAAGAUGACCACCAUCGGUCAGAUUAUUCAAAGAGGAGUUAUGACUGUGAAUCUCAGAGAACCUCUGAUCAGGAAUCCAGACGGGAGAAGAAUCCACGUUUCCGUGAGAGUGGUGAUUCUGAUGAAGAGGAUGAUGAUGAUAGGAAGCGGCAUAUAUAGUUCUAUUUUCAGAUGUGGAUUGUUCGGAGAACAAUGUGUUACUUUAAAAAGAGUUGAAGACCCUGCUCUUUCUUGCUCUCAUCAAGUUCCUUUACUUGUGCUUACACAAUUAAAUUGUUGUACAUUAUGAACUACUUUAAAACGUAUUUGCACUUAAAGGAGUAAUCGUUGCUUCUCACUCUCUUAUUUAUCUUCAUUUGUUUGUAUUUCUGAUGGUCAUUGAUGAAGUUAAUUUCUCAGUGUACCCUCUAUUAAAAGCCAUUACU